AUUUGAUACAUUUACAGUAAUUGGUAAUCUUCAAAACCUUGGGGGAAUGUCGUCAAAGCUGUUUACUGUACUUGUUCUAGUCUGUGUGUUCUGGUUAGAGAAUACUAAUGCAUGGUGGGGUAGAGAUAACAAUUAUGUUGUCAAUAACACGGAUCAUACAAUAAGAGUAUCUUUGGCAUAUGGUGGCCAUGCAUACAGAAGAACAGUUAGAGCUGGAUCAUACACUAAAAUCGAAACGGGAAAAGGCUCGUUAACUUUAUGCGUAGAGAAUGAUGUUUGUCGUAGAGCGAGUACCGACACUAGCUUUAUCGUCGAACCAAAUGGAGAAGGUGUAAGCCUUUACCAGUCUGUAUAUGGAGACAUCUAUACAAUAGCUUGGUAAACAUUUAACAACGCUGAUUCGAAAAUCUGUAUAACCUGUAUUUUAAAAUAUGCACUCAUGGUUUUUUUUAAUAAGAGAGUGUGUUAUCUAUGACAUAUUUCAAAAUAUCUUAUGCAAUUUAGAAGAUCUGUACUGAAAUUAAAUAUUUGUUUCUUUUAAAA